AUGCUUGGUCAAUACCUUAUUCUGCCUCUUUUGGCGUCCUAUGGUGCAGCUGUCACAAUUUCAGUAGCGAAAUCUGGCGGCAAUGCUACUAGCGGCCUGCAAUAUGGUGCUAUGGAAGAGGAGAUCAAUCACUGUGGAGAAGGAGGUUUAUAUGCCGAAUUGAUCCGCAACCGAGCUUUCCAAGGCAGUACCAAGUUCCCUUCUUCGCUUGAGGCUUGGACCGCUGUUGAAGAUUCUUCGCUGGCCCUGAAGAACCUGACUGAUCCAUUGUCAUCUGCCUUGCCCACUUCAGUUAAUGUCAAGGGUACUGGCACAGCCGGUCUGACCAACGCAGGCUUCUGGGGAAUUGACGUUCGCCCUCAGAAGUAUAGCGGAUCAUUCUAUGUGAAGGGCUCGUAUAUGGGCUCUUUUACUGCUUCUCUCAGAUCCUCCACUGGCAAAGUUUUAGCCAGCACCAAGGUGACCUCGAAGAGUGUUGCAGACCACUGGGUACAACAUUCCUUCAUCUUGACUCCAUCGAAGAAGGCUGCAAACUCCAACAACACUUUCUCGCUGACAUUCGAUGGCCCGAAAGCAUCAAGCGGAUCCCUUGAUUUCAAUUUGAUCAGUCUGUUCCCACCCACAUGGAACAACCGUCCUAAUGGCAUGCGGAAAGAGUUGAUGCAAGCCAUGGCUGACCUGAAGCCCAAAUUCCUUCGUUUCCCUGGAGGUAACAACCUUGAAGGUGACACCAUUGAAGGUCGCUGGAAGUGGAAUGAGACUAUUGGACCUCUCAAGGACAGACCUGGCCGUGCAACCACCUGGCAAUACGGGGAAACCAGUGGGUUAGGCCUGGUUGAGUAUAUGGAAUGGUGUGACGAUCUUGGAAUGGAGCCUAUCCUUGCGGUUUGGGCUGGACUCGCCCUGAACGGUGAUCUCGUCCCCGAGGCCGACCUCGAUUUCUAUAUUCAGGAUGCUCUCAAUGAGAUCGAGUUCUUGACUGGCUCUGUGGACACCAAGUACGGUGCUUUGCGCGCCAAGAUCGGACACCCCGAACCUUGGAAGAUUCGUUACGUCGAGGUCGGUAACGAAGAUAACCUCAACAGCGGCCUGAGCUCGUACAAGGCAUACCGGUUCCCGGCGUUCUAUAAGGCUAUCAGCGAGAAGUACCCUGACAUUCAGGUUCUUGCUUCUACCGUUGACAUGACUAUUCCUGGAACUGCGGGUGGUGACUACCACUUGUAUGAUAUCCCUGAUAACUUCAUCACCAAGUUCGACAUAUUUGAUAACUACAGCCCUGAGCAUCCUAUUCUUCUUGGUGAGAUCGCUGCCACCGAGACUAACAAUGGAGUCGGGAUCGACUGGAGUAACACCAACUUCUCUCUGUAUCCCUGGUGGAUUGGCACGGUUGCUGAAGCAGUCUUCAUGCUGGGUGCUGAGCGCAAUGCAGACAAGAUCAUUGGAACUACAUACGCGCCAUUCUUGAUGAACUUGGAUGCUUACCAGUGGUCCCCGACCAUCCUCUCGUUCAACGCCAACCCCGAUGAGACAGCCCGCUCAACGAGUUACCAUGUCUACAGCCUGUUUAACCACAACCUCAUGACAAACACUCUCCCAUCAACAUCCCCUGACGCCUUUGGUCCUCUAUACUACGCAACAGGCCUGGAUAUCAAGACAAAUUCCCACAUCUUCAAGGCAGCCGUGUACAACAGCACCGAGAACGUUCCCGUAUCCCUGACGUUUGAUGGUAUCAGCCGUGGCACCAAGGCCGACUUGACUAUCCUGACUGCACCUGACGCCUUCUCUAUGAACGAGGUGGGCGGCUCGAACAUUGUCAAGAGCAAGACUUCUACUAUCAAGGCUGGCAAGAAGGGCGAGUUCAAUUUCAGCUUGCCUAACUUGAGUGUUGCGGUUCUGAGCACCAAUUAG